GUAAUUUACCAAAUGACAUCACCAACAUCUGUUGUUUACUCUGGACUGAAUUUCUCAUCCGUGCACUCCAACUACGUUCUCAGUCACUUUGCUUUGGAAGUAGCGAAGAAGUAGCACAGAGAUCACUCCUCAUUUAAACAAACAGGAUGUUUCUCCUGUUCUUCAUCCUCUGCCUGAUGGCUCCUACUGGCUACAGUCAGCUCCAAGGUCCUCCGGGUCCCAAAGGUGACAUCGGACAUCCUGGGCCACCUGGGCCUAUUGGGCCAAAAGGAAUUACUGGACAUCCUGGAGUGCGUGGAGUUCAUGGAUUUCCUGGAGCUUCUGGACCUGCUGGAAUCUGUCGACGAGAUGUCUUUGGCUCCAUUAACCAGGACCUUGAGACCUUAAAGAACAGCCUUGCUAAAUUAGAGCUGGCUACAAACUAUGACUUUGUCCGGAGGGUUGGUCAGAAAUACUUUGUGUCCUACAAGGAGAGAGACUCUUUCUCCAGGGCCGUCGAGUUCUGCUCCCAACGAGGCUUAGAGCUGGCUUUGCCCCAGAACGAGGAGGAGAACAGCGUACUGACUCAAGUGUUUGGGGACGUUUACAAAACGGCCUGGAUCAACGUCAACAAUCAAAAAGCAGAGGGGAAUUUUAAGACAGAUCUGGAAAACCGACCUCUGACUUUUACCAAAUGGGGAGGAGGGCAGCCAGACAAAUCCAUCCAGGAUACAGGCUGCACCAUGCUGUCAGAAAACGGUGUUUGGAGAGUGACACACGAAUGCUCCUUAAAUGCUUACAUCAUUUGUCAGAUAUAGAAAGUUCUUAUAUUCCAGAUUAGGAAUUUUGCUCUUAGAAAUAUUUACUUUCACAUGUUACAGUUUCCCUAAACCAUUAUGUUAGAUCUUAGUCCCAGAAACCUAUAAGUGCAUCAUCAGCAUGACAUUAUUACUGUUGCAAAGACAUAUUCCUAUAUGAAAAAGAAUUAAAGUACAGGAUUAAAGGAAGGAUAUUAUACAUAUAUAAGAACAAACAAUGCUUGCUGAGAGUGUAUGCCACAAUAAAGUGUCCAGCAGUUAGCUAGCCUAGCUGCCUAGCUAUUUUAUCAGUUGAAAAAGUGAGUUAGAAAGUUUAAAGGAUUGGUAAAAUGAGUAUGUGGAUUUUAACAUUAUUACUGUUGCAAAGACAUAUUCCUAUAUGAAAAAGAAUUAAAGGAAGGAUAUUAUACA